AUGGCUCCAAGGCAUGAUAGGACCCCUUCCCUCACGGGAAACAACACAUCAGCUACACGCCUACGGUACAGUGGGUCAUCGACUACGACUUGUUACAACGAGAGCCUUAGGCAGCUUGACAUUUUGUCACGCAAUUAUACUAGUGUCAGAGAAGACUCGAAAAAGAAAAAAACGAGUCAAAGCGCUAAGCACAAGAAAGUCUCCUUCAAUCUUAAAAACGCUUUGAGAAGUGGCCAG